AACAAUACAGGUAAACAAACCCAUCAAACUUUUCGACCCACUUUCUGACUGAGAUCUAAUUUCUGACAAAAUCGGACUUCGAUUUUGCAGAGCGGAAUGGAGAUGUUCCAGAAGGCGAAAACGGUCAGGCUCAGGAGCCACCACGACAAGUACCUGCUAGCAGAAGAGGACCAAGAAUCGGUGUGCCAAGAUCGACAGGGAUCGAUUCAGAGGGCCAAGUGGACCGUCGAAUUCGUCGACGGCGUGGACGGCGUCGUCAGGCUCAGGAGCUGUUACGGGAAGUAUCUGACGGCGACGGACGAGCAGUUUCUGCUGGGCGUUACGGGAAGGAGGGUGUGUCAAACGCUGCCCAGGAAACUUGAUUCCAAGGUCGAUUGGGAGCCGAUCAGAGAUGGGUUUCAGGUAAGGCUUAAAACCCGCUAUGGCAAUUAUUUGCGUGCAAAUGGGGGAUUGCCGCCUUGGAGGAAUUCGAUCACGCAUGAUAUUCCUCACCGCCAUACGGAUUGGAUAAUGUGGGAAGUUGAUAUUGUUGAGCUUCGGCCUGAGCAACCCCCUCCUCAAUUGGCAUCUCCGCCGCCAGUUCGAUCCGAUUCUCUCUCUGAGUCUGAACCAAGCUCACCUUCGUUCCAUCUUAGGACACCGAGAUCCUCGAAACUCGAGUCAAGUGAUUCGAUUGGGGGGACAUCGGCAAAGUCUGAAGGCCGGGUUAUAUACUAUAGUGUUGUGGAAGACGAUGUGAAAAUUGAGGAGGGCAGGGAAGAGCCUUCUUUCCAUUUUAAGGGGCAUGGUUUGGAGGAAUUGACUGCAAAGUUGGAGGAAGAAACAGGGCUGGAGGAUGUUAUUGUGUGUUUGCGCAAUCGAUUGAAUGGAAAGCUUUAUCCCCUUCGAUUAGAUCUUCCUCCGAACAAUGCCACCAUGCAUAUAGUUGUGGUUCCAUCAUCGUCCAAAGUGGCUAGAGAUUUUGCACCAGAGGCUAACACUUCAACAUGACCAGGACAUACAACACCAAUGUAGUAUAUGUUUUUACUUGAAGAUGACAAAUGUAUUUUAGGCAUGGCGUUGGAACUGCGUUUGAACGGAAUGUAUCAAUGUUGUGGACACCAACCAAGCUUUGCUAGCUUUCUUUGCGUUUGAACGGAAUGUAUCAAUGUUGUGGACACCAACCAAGCUUUGCUAGCUUUCUUUGCCUCUCGUCAGGCCAUCAACUGUUUUCAUCCAAGAGUAAUAGCUGAAGAACUGAAAUCAUAUUGUACCUUCUUCAGAAAUCUAUCAAAAAUUUUGGGAUUAAUUUCUGU